AUGGGCCAAAUAGAAGAACUCCCCGACGACUACGAUGAGUCGCUCGAAGUCAACAAGCAGCCUCAACCCCCCGCGACCGAAUCCAAAGAUGAAUUCACCCCACCUCCCCCGGAGGAGCUCCCCAUUCCCAUCAAGGAAGAGCGCCUCAAAGACCUGAAUGCGGGCGCGGACCCCAUGGCGCCUCAAAUGCCGCCUGCCAUGGAGGCUGUGAGCACCCACACGACAGAUGAGCUGGCGGAGAUUCUGAAUCGCACGCCGCUGUUCAUGACGGAUAUUAACAAGGCGUAUGAUGAGAAGGGCGAAAACCCCAUGCUUGAUGCGAUCCGCGCCCUCCAGAACGAAGGUACCCGCGGCGAUGUCGCGCAGAAUUUCCGUGAACAAGGAAACGAAGCUGCUCGGGAGAAGCGCUGGGUUGACGCGAAGGAGCAUUACUCGAAGGGUAUUGCCGUCUUGCUGGCCAAGGAGGAUAAGGAGGCCGAGGAGGCGUGCUAUAUCAAUCGCGCGCUGUGCCAUUUGGAGUUGAAAAACUACCGAUCUACGACCCUCGACUGCGCAGCCGUGCUGAAGCUGAACCCCAAGAACGUGAAAGCAUACUAUCGGUCCGCUAUGGCGCUGUUUUCGCUAGAUAAGAUUAUCGAGGCGGAGGAUGUGGCGACCCGGGGAUUGAAACUGGAUCCGGCCAACAAGGCUCUUCAAAUGGUUGCUGGAAAGAUCGGCGAGCGCAAGGCUGUGAUUGAGCGUAUCGCGGCUAGAAAGAAGGCCGAGGAUGAGCGCACACGCAAGGAGAAGACGCUGCUUAGCGUUGCGCUGAAGGCGCGCCAGAUCCGUACGCGCAAGACGGAUCAGCCUCCUGAGAUGGAGGACGUGGGCAUCAAACUUUCGCCCGAUCCGCUGUCGCCCGAGAGUACGCUUGAGUUCCCGGCUGUGUUCCUGUACCAUAUGGAUGCGCAGACGGAUUUCAUCAAGGCAUUCUCCGAAAUGCAUUCGAUCGAGGAUCAUCUCGACUAUAUGUUCCCGUUGCCGUGGGAUGAGAAGGGAGAGUACAAGAUCAAUACGGUGGAGUGCUUCAUGGAGACGGUUACCGGAGGUUUGAUCCGCGCUGGCAAGAAGGUACCAUUAGUACAGAUUCUGAGUGGAGGAAAGGUUGAGGUUGUGGAUGAGUUGGUGAAGAUUUACAUCGUGCCGACCAGCAAGAGCGCUAAGUUUAUUGCUGAGAUGAAGGCGCGCAAGGAGGCUUGA